AAUCAUAGUAUAGUUAAAGAUGGCUCCAAACACUAAAGCUGCCGCCGCUAAGAAGGCCGUGUUGAAAGGUACUAAUGCCAAGAAGUCGUUGAAGGUCAGAACCAGCACUUCUUUCAGAUUGCCAAAGACCUUGAAGUUGGCUAGAUCUCCAAAAUACGUCAGAAAGGCUGUUCCACACUACAACAGAUUGGACGCUUACAAGAUCAUUGUCUCCCCAAUCGCUUCUGAAACCGCCAUGAAGAAGGUUGAAGAUGGUAACACCUUGGUUUUCCAAGUUGACCUCAAAGCCAACAAGCACCAAAUCAAACAAGCUGUUAAAGAAUUAUACGAAGUGGAUGUUGACCACAUUAACACUUUGGUCAGACCAAACGGUACCAAGAAGGCUUACAUCAGAUUAACUGCUGACCACGAUGCUUUAGACAUUGCCAACAAAAUCGGUUAUAUUUAAACAUAUACAGGUAACGAGUCAUAAUAUAUAUCUUUGUAUUAUAAGUGAGGAUGUAGGGAGGGAGUUAGGGCGAAGCUGGAACCAAAAAUUGGGCGGUUUCGCACCAGUAUUUUUCUGGCAUUCGUGCUGGACCCAUUACUAGCGUCCUGAGGGCCCAUUUGGGCUGCGGUGAGCCUCCUGGAAUCAAUAAGCAAGUUCCUCUAUUUUCUACUAUAAUUACUCUUGGCCAUCUGUUAUUUAGUCGUAAUCCCAAAGAGUCUAGAUCCACAAACCUAGCCUGCCGGAUUUUUCGUUAACUAAAACUGAAUCUGCUUUAGUCUAGAGCAGAUCGGCAACUUGCAACUUUUACCACCGAUUUAAAUUACUUUAACAGGCUUGACAGCAAAUCAAAGGAGCUACCACAUUCUAC